AUUGGCAUUUUAGGUUUUUUUUUGGGAACUCUUUUGUUUUUUUUUUCCCCGAUAAAAAGCGUAUUUUCUGAUACGCGGUUCGGGAUAUCUGGAAUCGCGUUUCGUAGCCGAAUCAGAUUCCGAGCCGCUAAAAUGCGAUGGCGGGCUGGUAGGUGUAGCAGGCGUUUGAUGCAACUAAGGGUCAAUGGCAGGAGGGGAAAAGCAAACUUUACCCAAUUUAUCGAUGACCGGUCUGGAUUUUGUUGCAUCUUAUAUUAUUUAAUUUUUAUAUGUGUUAGAAUUCAUAAUAUUGCAAGCAGGGAAAUGAAAAGCCCGCAGCUAAGGUGAGUGGUGGAUCCCCAUUCUAUCAUCUUUGGGGCCGUUUGAUUCCUUGCUGCUAGAGGUAUUUAGAAAUUGUUCAACAGGAUUGCCAUCCAUGACCGCCAUUAACGAGGGGAUCCAAUUUUGCAUUUUUGACUUAAGAAGGGGACAAAAUGAAGGCCAAGAAAUUGACAAGAUAUUAUUCUUUUACCCUUCUGACUGUCCUUUUCCAAUGCAGCUAUCUGUAAUAGGACUCUGUGAGGGAAUCAUUACUUUUACUAGAAUUUUUUCUCCACAGGCUCCUUGUGAGGUCAUAGAAGCAGAGAGACACUCUCAUGUGUUUUAUGAGGCCGAGUCAGAUAUAUGGAUGGUUAUGGUAGUGGAUAAAAAUAAAGACACUGAAUCUAUUUGGCGAUGUGAUGCCUUACGAGGCAUACUUAAAGAAGUACAUUCUCUAUUCACAAUGUUUCAUGGAUCUCUGCGAGCUUUACUUGAGAAACAACCAAGCGGUGAACUUGCUCGUAACCAUUUAUAUUCCUUUAUAACAGAUUAUCUAACUGAAGACUUUCAUGUUGGGAAAAAAAUUCAAAUGCCGUCCUUCCGUGAUUGUCUGAGUGAGCGCAAAACAGUUCAAAUGCUAACAAUAUCACGGGAAGUGGCAAUUGAAGUUCAGUCACUUGUCACAGUAAUAGGAUCUUUGUGUAUUGGAAACACAAUUUGCAACUCAAUGAUACUAUUUCAAGAUCUGCUGGUGUCAACAACACUCUCUCCUGAUGACACGACAAAUCUGUUUACUUAUGCUGUUCUGAGGUUAACUCCGCAUGCUUUAACUUCCAAUACAAAUUCUUGGUCAUAUUUGCGGAAGGGAACUUCUGCACCUAAUGUUGCUGCAAACUCUGCUGUACCAAAUGCGGGAUUGGCGUCAGAAGGGUAUCAACACAGAUCUCGUGAUACUUCCCCUGGAGGACAAAGUCAGAGAUAUCAUAUACUAAGGCCUCUGCAACGUGACAAAUGGUCUAAAAGAAAGGAUGGUUUUGUUGGCACUGACAUUUGGGGUGCAGAAGUUGGUACUUCCAUUCCUUUGAGCCCAACAUUGUGGCUCCAACGGACAGAGGAGCACGCAUAUCUUUGUGUUUACCAGUAUAGGAAUUUGACUCUUAUACUCCUGAUUCCCGUUUGCUUGAUGACAAAUGGAGAGCAGGGCUUAAGUCUGGUGAAAAAGCAACUUCUUGAAAAUGCAUCACAGAAGAUUGUAAAUGUUGAGGAGAAACUAUCCAGAGGAUGGGGUGGUGAAAAUGCUUAUCAUGUCAGUGGGUAUCGCUACUUACUUGUAGACCGUGAUAUGGGUAUAUCAAGGGCUUCCCCACCAGGAAAAGUCACGACUCUUACAAAGGACUCAUUACUCGCACUUAAUAAGCUAAGAGAAGAGGUUGACUUGGAGAAGUCGAGAGCAAAAAGGGAUAACCCCGACUAUAGAAAAGAUUUUGAAGUGUGUAUUAGAGCCAGAAAUAAUGCUUGGAUAAUUGCCAAGGUUACAAGAGGAAGAGAACUUUAUAUGGCUCUGGAGAAGGCCAAUGAAACACUUCUUUAUGCAUCCGAUGCUGUUGAGAAGUUCAGCAACAGCUUUUUCAAUUGGUCUUGCACCCCAGAAUCUUGCAACUACCUCAUUUAUGAUGGAGGAGAUCAUACCACCAUGAGAUUAGGUGUAAGCUGUUGGCUUUUCCUGCUUGUUUGAAUUGCUAGAUAUAAAAUCUAAUAUUUUAGUCAUUAUGUUGCUAGAAUAAUAACUAGAUUCAUCUUUGUGCAAUGGAAGAUGCCAGCUCUUCAAUAUACUUAUAAACUAUGUCGUUUUGAGAUUUGACACCCUGAUUCAUCAUUUGUCACAAGCUAAGGAAAAUUUUGUGGCUCAUUCUUAGUGCUGGAUAGGAACUUAGAUACUUUUCAGAGGUUGGAAUGAAUCCAUUCAAUGCUAGUUCAUUGUUUAAAUUUGUUCAUUAU